AUGAAGCAAGGGGCUGAGGCAAAAGUUGUACGCUUAGAUCAGGGACGCCUCUAUUACAAGUGCAAGCACUCUGAUAAGUGCAAGUUCGAUGUGCGUGCAUCUUGUCACGGCGGAGGGAUGUGGGGAGUGCAUAAGUUUAAAGAGCACUCUUGCCAAGGGGAAUUGGGCAUUUUGAAACGAAUAAAGGCACAUUCGAAUGUGGUUGCAGCUUAUGUGGAAAAAAGAAUACGCGAUGACGGAGAGGUCAUUAAGCCGAAAUCUAUUAUGGCAGAGUUGUUACGUGAAUUUGGCGUCAGAAUCAAAUAUGAUGUCGCGCUGCGUGCAAGAAAUCUCAGCUUAGAGAAGAUAUACGGUCGAAUUGAUGAUUCGUUCCUUCUUCUGCCCAAAUAUUUGUAUACCCUAAGUCAAGCGAAUCCAGGCACCGUGAUGGAUUUGGAAGUAGACGAAAACAACCGGUUCAAACAUCUGUUUCUUGCUCUUGGGGCUUCCAUCACACCUUUCUUCUUUUCGCUUCGACCAGUGAUUGUGGUCGACGGCACACACUUGAAGGGGAAGAACAAUGGUAUUUUGUUCGUCGCCGUGACAAAAGACGCAAACGAGUAA